GAUGAAGUGGCUGGCCGUGUAGCAUUGCAGGAUCUCUAGGCGGGAGUGGCAGCAGCCGCUGGAGUGACUGGGGGUUAGCGUCAGCCUCUCCCUGUUGGUGGGUUUGGGGCGGGUGCCCCGUAGCCGGGCAUCUACCUGACCCUAUUCGGCCCUUGGUGAAAUAGUCUUGCUCCUUUCAAGCGGCCUGGCCGGACGCAGGCGGCGAGGGGGGCCUGAGCAGAUCUCUGGGGUGUCCCCCACGAGCGGGGUUGUGUGUGUUUUGUACGUUGGCAGACUCCGGAGCACCUGCGGCUGCCGGGGGUGAGGUACGGACUUCAGCCAGAGCCUAGCGCCUGUCCUCCUUUCUCCUCCUGCGGAGCCCCGCCUUCCCAGCGCAGCGCGGGGCCUCUGGGCGUGCGGGUUUAUCUCUGUUCCGUAUAGGGCCGGCAGAUGGACCCAGGGUCAGGAGCUCCCCGCUCUGAGCUGCAUGGUACAAGCUCUUGCGUUAAAUCCGCCGAGAUCCCCCCUGUCGAUUUUCCGAACCCGUUCUCCCCCCCCCCCCCCGUUUAAAUAAAGCGCUCCCGGGCGGGGAUCGGGUAACAACCACAAAGUCAGGCGUUUAUUUCUGGCAGAGGGAAAUCUCGCGUCUUCCGCCUGGGAGGAGAACUUCUGACUUCGCCCAUAGGUUUCUGUAGUGGCCUCCGAGCCUUAGCCUGCAUCUUUGGGACCCAUCCACCCUCGUUCCCUGCCUGCGUGCAGCGAUGGGAUCUCGAAUGGCCCGCUUGCUGCUGGGGGAAGCUGUGAGGAUCAGGGUCACCAGGAUCCUCCUGUGUCUGAAGUUUAGUUUAGUUCUUUUGUUUUGGAAUCGCUCUCUCUUCUCUCCCCCACUUUCUGUUAUAAUCAAACUAUUGAGAAGACAGUCCGGCUUUGAAACUCGACACCUGUACUGAGGCGUUGGUCACCAUCUUCUUCCUCCUCCUCCUCCACUUUUCUUUAAAUGCUGAGUGCGGCGAAUAAUCAGUCCGUGUCUGUCAGGAGGAGCCUCUCAGCCUUCAGAAGUGCAUAGGGGGCUGUAGACAUUCACCCCGCCCACAGCACUUGUUUCGAUGAGCUUUUCUAAUGCAGGAUCUUACCGAGUUGCGCGGUGUGCUGCUUUUUUCUCCUCUUGAAGAUUUAAGAACAAGGGCUGGGAAGUGGGAGCAGCGUUAACUGGGACAUCAUUAUUUGAGGCACACCUAGGUUUUUUUAAUGACUUGAACAUUGUUGCUCUAAUUUAAAGAGAUUUCCUGGGCUUGGCCUUUGGCAGUGUUAGAUCUUGAUGCACAGAUUUGUAAAAACUGUCUUUUAAAAUACAAGCUUCUUAUAUGCUGUAGGACCAAGAUCUGAUGGAUUUUUAUGAAACCCACGCUACUGGAAAAAUGGACUUCCCCAGCAAAAGGCCCGUGUUGGUUCUUCAGAAUGACUCUCUCUACUCCCAGAGGCGUCCAUACACCAGUGAAGAUGAAGCCUGGAAGUCCUUCCUUGAAAAUCCCCUUACAGCAGCCACCAAAGCCAUGAUGAGCAUCAAUGGCGAUGAAGACAGUGCAGCUGCCCUGGGAUUGCUAUAUGACUAUUACAAGGUUCCCAGAGAAAGAAGGACUUCAACAGCAAAACCAGAUGUAGAUCACCCUGACCAAGAUCAUAGCAAAAGGAACAGCAUCCCGACAGAACAAUCGCUCAUUUCUACUGGAGAAAACAGAGUGCAGGUUCUGAAAAAUGUGCCUUUCAAUAUUGUUCUUCCGCAUGCUACUCAAAUGGCCAUGGACAAGAGAGGCCAUCUGACAACCCCUGACACCACUGUCACUGUUUCCAUUGCAACAAUGCCCACGCAUUCAAUUAAAACAGAGACACAGCCUCAUGGCUUCACUGUGGGCAUCCCUCCCACUGGCUACCACACCGAGCCCCCCGAACGGGUGCUGGUUUUCGACAGGAAUCUCAACCCUGAUCAGUUUAGUUCCAGUGCUCAGCCUCAGAACUCCCAGAGGCGCACACCGGACUCCACCUUCUCGGAGACCUUCAAAGAAGGCGUGCAAGAGGUUUUCUUUCCUGCUGAACUAAAUCUGCGGAUGGCCAGCAUGAGUUCAGAGGACUAUGUUUUUGACAACAUUGCUGGGAAUAACUUUGAAUACACCUUAGAAGCUUCCAAAUCACUUCGUCAGAAGCCAGGGGACAGCACAAUGACAUACCUAAACAAGGGUCAGUUUUAUCCGAUCACUCUUAAAGAAGUCAGCAGCAGUGAAGGAGUCCACCACCCAAUCAGCAAAGUCAGAAGCGUCAUCUUGGUCGUGUUUGCUGAAGACAAAACAAGAGAAGAUCAAACCAGGCACUGGAAGUACUGGCACUCGAGGCAGCAUACAGCCAAACAAAGAUGCAUUGACAUUGCCGACUAUAAGGAGAGCUUCAACACAAUCAGUAACAUUGAAGAGCUUGCAUACAAUGCCAUAUCCUUCAAUUGGGACAUUAAUGAUGAAGCAAAGGUUUUUAUUUCUGUAAACUGCCUCAGCACAGAUUUCUCCUCUCAGAAAGGAGUUAAAGGGCUGCCCUUGAACAUUCAGAUUGACACCUACAGCUACAAUAACAGGAGUAACAAACCCAUCCACAGGGCCUACUGCCAGAUUAAAGUCUUCUGUGACAAGGGAGCAGAAAGGAAGAUCAGAGAUGAAGAACGAAAACAAAGCAAAAGAAAAGGCAAGUGUACUGACCCCAGCUCCCAAUUGAAUGCCUUUCCCGAUGUCAAAGUGCCAAUGCUUCCUUCCCACAAGCGGACAGACGUCACUGUCUUCAAGCCGUCCCAAGAUCUUGACACUCAGCCAGUUCUUUUUAUCCCUGACGUUCACCAUUCCAGUCUUCAGCGUGGGACUCAUGUCCUUCCGGUUGCACCAGAAGAACUGGAGGGUGAAGGCUCUAAUAUGAAGAGGGGGCCUUAUAUAUCUGAAGAUGAUUUUAUUGCACCUCCCAAUAAGUUGACCAGAAUAGAGGAACCAAAACGAGUGUUGCUGUAUGUCCGAAAGGAGUCGGAAGAAGUCUUUGAUGCACUUAUGCUAAAGACACCAUCUCUGAAAGGUCUAAUGGAAGCUAUAUCUGACAAGUAUGAUGUUCCUUUUGAUAAAAUUGGAAAAAUCUUCAAGAAAUGUAAAAAAGGAAUCCUGAUCAACAUGGACGACAAUAUUGUGAAGCACUAUUCGAAUGAAGACACCUUCCAGCUACAGAUUGAAGAGGCUGGAGGAACUUACAAGCUCACUCUCACUGAGAUCUAAAACCAAAACCAUCGAACCUCUGUGGAUUUUAAAUGAAGGUCUCAGAUGAACAUUUUUCUGUAAUUUAGUCUGCCGGGUAAAACACUAAUCGCUUUCUCUAGAAGAAACCCAAUGAGUUCAGUUCUUCCAGGGAUCGGAGCAGUGUGUGUUUAGCAAAGUUGAUGCAGUCAUGUUUCUGUUCUUCCCAAAGGACAAAACAAUGCUCAUAACUCAGUGCACUUGAAAUGAGUGAACAAAGAUAUCAGGAAUUAAAUAAUAUUUAUGUACAAAACAUUAGCAAAUGGGGAUGGGGAGAGAAGCCUUGAAGUAGUGAUGAUAUUCUAACUUCUAUUUAUCUAUUAAAUAUUCAUGUGAGCCUAUCAGCUGAUAGUGUCUUAUUGGACUGCUCUCUUGUAGAUGCAGCUGCACAACUCUCAUUGAUGCUUAUGGGAGUCUAGACUCAAUGUUUACUGCUGAACAGGGCAUGUUGCUGAAAUCACUUGUUUAAUUUUUUGGGGAAUGUAAAACUGCCUUGCUCAUGAAGAACUUACCUAAGUUACUGUGUGAACUCAUUUGACAUGAAGCUGUAUUGUAUAUAAGUGCAAUAUAUUUUUGAAGGUUUGUAAAUGUGUAUAUAGGAGUCAUAUAUAUAAUAUAUAUAUAUGUAUUAAAAAUAUGGUGUUCAUGUAUAUACAGUAAAUAUAUGCAAUGAACCCUCCCUAAAAGGAUACUAUAAACAGGCAACCAGCUAUUUAAAAGCCUAGUAUGCGCCAAACCUGAGCGCACAUUCUAUAUUCAUAGAACGCACAGAGAUGACUUGUUUAAAGAGGAUUUUCCCAAGCAGAAGGAAUGAUGCUUACCGUACAGCAGACCACUCUGUACACAGUGAGGUGUGGUGGGUUAGGCUUGUGUUGUACACUACCAAAUAAAGUUCUACAAUGGCUGUGUUACUCAUAUUCUGUACCUGUAUGAGAUUGUGUAUUCUCAGUCUUGAACCUGAGAGGAGCUGUGUGCUUGUGCUUCCAGGGGAUAAGCCAACCUCUUGGGUUUAUGAAGAAGUUUUCCCUACGGCUAGCUAUUCUGUAACUGCCUGCUCCAGGAUAUCUCACACGAUCUUCUGAAUCCAGUGCUGGCUACUGUCAGAGACAAGAUAUUGGACUAGAUGGGCCAGUACGCUGAUCCAGUCUGGCAGACCCUGUGAUCCUGCAGGUGAAUAGAUAAGGAUUGAGAGAUUAAGGCCCAAGCCACCAGUAGGGCCAUGUAACGCACUGCUCACAAUCCAAAUAGGUGUGGGGGAAGUGGGCCCUGCAGGCUGGCAAGCACACCAUGCUCCGUGUUCAUUGUGAAGCAUCAAGCCUGCAUCUGUGAGAAGAGAAACUGAGCAGUGGCUGUCUGUGACCAAAACACUGUUAAAUAUUAAAAUAUUUAAUAUUAAAAAUAUUUAAAAUUGCUGCUAUGCAGAGAAUAUGCUAUCAUACUCUGACUAUUCUCCCGUUUUCCAGCACCAGGCCUGCUACCCCUCCAUUAUUCCUCAGUGAUCAAUUUGGUGCAGAGACAGAGAUUUGCUGACCUACUGAGCGCUCCAUAUUCUCCACGCUGUGUGAAAAUCUCUGUACAGGUUUUCAGCAAACAUUGAGUGCGCAGUGCUUUUGCAGACUGCAGACAGCUUGUAGGACUCAAACCUGAAAAAGAAACAUGUCUGUAAUGCCGUGGGCAUAUUGAUGAGACUGCACCAGCAUGUAAUCUCUCCUAGGCACAUCCUGGUUUUAAGAAAAAAAACAGAACUCUGUUGUACUCAAGUUUCUCUGAAUUUACUGCAAUUUGGGCUUCCAUUUAUAAAUUUGGGGGGAAAUGUUACUGUGGCGAGGGAAUUCUUAUACACUCAUGUAGAAAUACAAAUUCAUUCUUAUUGUAAGUGGAAGUUUUAUUACAGAAUCAGUUUAGGGCUAGGGAAGUAGAUUUAGAUUAUUUGUAGAUGUAGAUGUAGAUGAUAUGAAUGUUAUUUCUUAUACUGUUACCUUAACAAAGUAUGUGACUUAAAUUAGGGGUGGUUUUCCACUAUAAAAUACUCUGGGAAAUGGGUCUUACUAUAAUAGCAAUGUUGUAUGUUUGAUCAAACUGGAGUUUUUGGUCUUGCCUACUGUGUUUUGUUGUUUUUUUUUAAAUUGUAUAAUUGAAGAUGUAUUUUAAACCAAAGCUAUUAAAUUUUAUAUGUCCAUUUCUAAUUACAAGACUCUCAUGUAAUUAACAAAUUUUAACCUCCCUUCUGCUGUGACUAACAUGCAAUUUUAAAACAAAAAAAAAACAACCUUGCCUCCUAAUUUCUCUUAUGGAUAUCAGCCAACAGAGGCGCCCUUUGCUUUGUUUUUAUCUCCUCAUAGCGAACACCGAAACUGUGUUUAAUAUUUAUUGAUUUCAAGCCAAAUAGAUCAGUUGAGAGAGAGUGCGUGCGCGCGCGCGCGCGCAGGCGUAUGCAUGCAUAUUUUGACAGUUAUUAAGGUAAAGGAUUAUUGGGCGGCUCCAUUGAAAUGAAUGGCAAAAUUCCCAUUGGUUUCAGUAGAGUCAGGAUUUCACCCAUGGUUGUUCUAAUGACUGUGGAGUUCUGCUGUCACUAAUAUAGUUCUUUAAUUGAACUGAGAGGUUUUGAAAAAAAAAGUUCAGAAGAUGUUUCUUUCCAUAUAAUCUCUUGUCAUGCAGGAAGCGUUUUCUAAACUCUCAGCUUGUCCUCAAAGG